AUGGACAUGAACGAAGUGGUGACGGAUGAUGAUGUUUUAACAGAAAUUCUUCAUCGGAUUCCCUGUCUGAAAUCAGCAAUCCAGUGUCAAUCGGUGUGCAAGCGAUGGCGCUCCCUGAUCUCAAGUAAUUUCUUUCAGAAUCGGUUCUGUCAGCGAAACCAGUCUAAUUAUGAUCAGAUUACUCGUGAGCAGGAGUUCAUUGUAAAGUGUUACAAUCAUCACGCGGUGUUGAUGGUUCCUCCUCCUAUAGACGUUUUCGACUUUGAAUUUUCUUUAGAUUUCAUAGGCCAGGAAUGGUUCACUGCCGGUUCCUUCAACGGCUUGUUAUUAUGUGCUAUAGGCGAGUAUUGGCAUUAUCAGUACAUGAUAUGCAAUCCCAUAACCAAGCAGUCUGUUACUCUCCCACCCGCACCAAUCUCCGAUGAAACUAGAAUGGAAAGAGUUUUUCUUGGAUUUGUUUGCGAUGAUUCCUACCGCAGCUUCAAGGUGGUUCGAAUGGUUACGCCUUUUGAUAAAAUCACGUCCGAGUUAAGGGUUUGUGUAUUUUCAUCAGAGACGGGGCAGUGGAGUCAUUCCAUGGUGACGACUCCGACUCCGAUAAAAUGGCCUCAAAUUCCUUCUCCUGCAGUUCAUCAUGGUGGAUUGUUGCAUUGGGCAGAUAUCGGAUGGAAAUAUAUUGUUGUGUAUGACAUCCACAAUAAUAAAUUCCUUUCGGUCAUACAUCUUCCUCAAGAUAAAUAUGAUCCUCCUCAAGAUGGAGAUGGAGUUUUUGAUGGAGUUGUUGUUCAGCCUAUGGAAGGAUUUGGAUUAUGCUGUGGCGCCUUGUGCGUAGCUCAGGUGAUAAUUCCCGGCUGCAUAUUGAAAAUUUGGCAGCUGAACGAGCAGCGAAAAUGGAGUUUGAAGCAGAAGGUAAGGCUGGAAGAGUGUAUAACUGCUUUUGGUGCUUUUUGGUUGCUUAAUUUAUGGUCGUCGACAUUGAUUGCUUUACAUCCAUAUGAUUUUAGCAUUGUGUAUUUCGGAAUAGAGGACGGGGGGAUUCUUUGUUGCAACUUGAGAACCAAAAGUCUUAAAUAUGCAGGUCAAUGCAACUGCCACGACUCCGAUGAAAGGCCUGAGCAUCACUUGUACGAUUGGAAGGAGACAUAUAGUCAGUGUUUUCCAUUAUGGCCACCUCCUGUUCCUCAAUACAAUACAUCUCUUGCUGAGUUCGCUUGA